AUGCCGUUAUCUGAGGUCAUCGACACUCGAUCUACCAUCAGCGCACCGGCAAGAGAAUCAAUGUCCAAGCAAGAAGAUGUGCCUAGUUUUCAAGAAUUCAAGCUAGAAGGGUUCAAAAUGAACUCCUCGCCCGAGAUCACACCUGCACCUCACAAGUUGCGUGAGGCUCGUCGAUCACUUGCUUUUUAUCUAGAGCCCAAUCCAGGCACUCCUAUUCAAGCGUCCUUCCAACAAUUUCAAGAAAAGACAUUUGUACAGUUCGGCCCUAAUCAAGCUCAUAAUACACAACCUCACUUGUCGAUCAUUGGAAGAGUGUUGAUCGAAAGAGGUGCUGAAUUUUCAACGAAAUGGGAUACAGUGGACGAGUUCAUCAAAGUAAUCGAUGCAGAGAUAAAGAAACAGCAUUUGAAACCACCCGAAUUCAUUGGAUUUGAGAUAUUAGACAAGCCCACAAGGUCGUUGGUGAUGAACGUCAGAUUAAACACAGGCUAUGAGCAAUUGGCAAAGGAAAUAGAACGUCAAAUGGGACCUAAAUGCAGCGUCUUGGAGCCAAGCCCCAUGAAUAGGAUUCAUCUUGCUUAUAACGUAUUAAAAACCAUCUCAAAACAAGCAUUAAAGAGAAUGAAGGAGAAGGCAGAAGAGACGAUUGACAUUUACGAUUGGGUUAAAACUGGAGGAUCCUGGCGAUUGACAGUAUACGAAGUGAUGGUGGAGAGCCAAGUUGUAGGCGUCCAGCAUCAGCUUGUUGAGCUCAAAUCAUGGCCCAUUCAACCCAACAGCACAAAUUUCAAACUGUCAUCCACUCUGCCUGUAUCAUUGCGCAUCAAACUGUCGUUCCUCUCAUCCUGGUUCAAGAAUUCCACGUUUUCUUCUGCCAAGAAAGUCAUCAUUGCAAAUCAACCCAAAAAUGCUGUUGUUCUGCGCAAUAAUAGAUCCAAAACUGCAGGCCAUCAAACACUUUAA